UGCCACGUUCACCGCCUUUCUGCACGCGCUAGGCUCAGGCUGGACACACACACGGGUGUGCGCGAGCGCGCGCGUUGGCACUUUGACACCCAGCGGCACGGCACGGCGCGCGCGCUGUACCGCUCUGCGCUUGGCUAUAGCUAGAAAGCAGCGAKAGACCCUUGUCGCCAGCAUCUCCCUUUUCUGGUCGCGCGCAUUUGUAGCUACAACUCCUCGCGCUGCUGCUGCUGCUGUCGCGUGGAGGAGAGGAGAAGAAAAAAAGGUGGGGAGGCAGCCGGCUGGGAUACAAUGGGACCGAGCUGCUAAAGCAGUCAAAAAGCCCGCAGAGAGACGAGCUUCUCACGGUGACAUGGACCAGAACUGAACUUCCGGAGGAUCUGCUGCGAGGAUUUUACAUCUGACCGGUCCGGUGAGGCAGAGACGGGAGAGGCUCGGAGUUAAAGGGAAGAACCUCCUAUAUUGUAGUGCAGGAAGAAUGGCGCGCGCCGACAGUCGUUUGCGCACCUGGCAGGUGCUCCUGACCGUCUCAGCCGUUUUCAUCCCUUUAUGUGUUCACGGGAGGCAUUCUCUAGCCAGACGCCAUCACCACCACAACCACUCAUCUGUCAACAAAGAGGCCUUGGAGACCAGGAUGGUUCUCAGUGAUGACUCAGCAGAGAGAGAGCACCUGAUUGGAGCAGGACACACCCGACACCAUCACUCUCAUAAGCGCCACUAUCUCGAUUUGGUUGAGGAAGAUCAGCCUGUGGCAGAGGAGCUAACCGCUGGAGGGGCUGGGCCAGACCAACCCGGGAACCCUUUAUCCGAUGACAUCAUCAAGGUGGAGUUUCACAGUCCUGCGCCAGACGUUGUGCCCUCCGAUGAGGCUCUGGAUUGGGCGAAAGCCCCCAAACCCCAAAAGCAGAAAGGUGGAAACCCCACCGCUCCGUGGAUGCUGGCUGAUUUGUACGACUACCUGUCUCCUGACAACGAGGUCUCGGCAGUAGAUACAACCCCAGAACCCGAGCCCACCCCUUCCCCCCCAGCUGACAUGGAGGAUGAGAAUCCAYUCCUGUUUGGUUCCACUUCUAAACCUAAGAACGCAAAGCCAAACAUGGACAGYGCGUCAUCCUUACCAGGUCCCCCCAUGCUGGGCGCAGACAGAGAAGAGGAGCUGGGUGUGGGCGGCGCCAUGGGUGCUGAUGGUUGCAGGCUGGGCUUUAAGCUAUCUGGACCUGGAAUUUGUGUUUCAGAGUGUGACAACGAUCCCAAUUUCUGCUUCAACGGAGGGGUGUGCACAGUGGUAGCAGGGGCAGGAGCCUUCUGCCGGUGUAAUGUGCAGGACUACAUCUGGAACAAAGGCCUGCGCUGCGAAUGGGCCGUCACAGAGUUCCAGGUGUUGUGUGUGGUGGUGGCCGUGGCCUCGUUUGUGUUCCUCCUGCUCUUCAUGAUCAUCGUGUUCUUUGCCAAGAGCCUGUACCGCCUCAAGAGCGAGAACACACGCCUUCGAAAACGCAGUAAGUACCGCCCACAGAACAGCGAGCCACAGACGGACGGGCUCUCGGUUUCAACAACAGCUGAUGGUUCGCAGCCAAAUGUAAGGAAACUGUGUGACACCCCUCCGCCCGCUCCUCAAACUCAUACUCACAACCUGGCGUACUAUGACAACAUUAUCUGUCAGGAUGACCCCCAGAAGAAGGACAACCAAGCAAAGUCCCCUCAACCCAAGGAAGAGGGGUCCAUGAACAUCCUCAACUCCCACUCCCCAAAGCAAGAGAAUAACCGUCCCGCCUCUGCUGUCCACGGUCACACCCCCAACAACACAGGGGAGAAUGCAGAGGAUGGAGUCACUAUUGGUCUGGAGGUGCUCCUACCCAAAGAGGCCAAGCUCCAUUUGGACACCAGCCCACCACUUGAGUAUGACGUCUUCCUCUACAAGGUUGCCAACAACGGAGACUCCGCYUCUCUCAGCCAAGCCACUCCCCCUCACUCAUCCACCUCUCAUGUCAUCCCUAAAUCACCCAAGUCCCCAAAACAAACCAAGGAAAGCGUAUGUUUAAACAGUAAACCAGAGUCUGGAAGGAGCUCCUCACCUGGUCGCCAUCCGUCGCCCAGCCGUCACUCAGCACCUGGGUGUGAUUCCCCCACCCAGCCUUCCUCCCAGCACAAAUGCACCACGCGCUCCUCUGCCUCCCCUCAGCGGCACAGAGAUCUGGCUCCGGGCUCAGAGCACUCUGGGAGUCGGAGAGACAACCAGAGUGGACGAAUCCGCUCGUCCCCUUCAUCGCCUCACCUCACUCGGCCACCUCCAUCAUCACCAUCCUGGAUGAAAAACAGUGCAGUGAGCACCCGGUCACUGCCCCCCUGACCGGACGGUCCCUUCAGUCCAUCCAAACCACCAUCAUCUGUCCUAAUCUAAUCAGUAAUCUGUCCACUGUGGCUCUAACUUUAUGUUUUAUGUUGAUUUAUAGAUAUUUUAUCAAMCUGCUAUCUCUGCACCCUAACGUCUUACUUCAUCACACAGGGCAAGAACAACACCUGAUCCUAGAACUGGAAACACAAAGAUCCCAGUAGUCCCAUUCUUCAMCUUUUCUGUAAAUAACCUCUAAAAAGCUCAGGUUUCUCCCGGCUCCUCACAAACUGUUACAACUCUCCCAACACGGUGCCAAUGUCAGCUGCAGCUCAGGAUGUUGUUAUUACAGGYUUCAAUGUGCUUUUGAUGUUUUAUAUACUCUUUUUACUAUAAAGUCUUUUUCACAUUUCUAACCCUUGACCACCGGCUAAUAACUCAAACUUUCACUGAAGGCAAAAAUGAGAAGCAGGCCCCACUUUAAACAACUCUGCUGCCUCCUGGUGGAUAAUGUAGGCAUCACAACAAAUGAUGAUAACGUUUAGAUUUCAGGUUAAAACCAUUACUUGCAUUAUGUUUGUAGAUAACACGUGUAAAUAAAAUAUUUUCUAAUGUCUUUUUGUGAAUACAUUACCCAAUUAGAUUUCAAGUUAUUCAAAUGUUUUUUGUUGUCGAAAUGGAUUUUUAAUUAUGUGUUUCAUUUGUAAGGCGUUUAUGAUGAAGUGCUGGACUGAAUUGUAUUAAAAUUGGACAAUUGGA